AGUUUUCGUCAAACAUGAAGCGGAAACCGACAUGUGCACAUCUUGGCUCCAGACGGUUAUGUGAUAGGCAAAGGUUCAACAUUUUCCGGGCCAUGGCUUGUCAAGACAGGCUGAUCCUAGUGGUCCUGUUGUGCCUUUCGUUGGACUUCCUGAUUCUUCCGCUCUAUGCUCAAGAAGCCACAUGCUUGGCCGAUGCAGUUCCUGAAGGGAAACGGCAGAAUCUGGUUAAUGGAAAUGCAACCUAUCCCAUUGGGAUUUGGGUGAAUGGGUGGCCAGCAGGGUUUGUCACAGCGUCCAUGGUGCGGAUCUUGUUGGAGGAACGGCUUGGGUUCAAGGCCAUCGAGCAAGGGCCCGGGUGGAACACCGUGGAUGGCUUCUAUGCGCUUGCCGGAUGCCUCACACCGACCAACAUCGAGGACCGUGGGUGUGAGCCGAAGCCAACGACAACUUACAACCACAUUUGCGUCGAGGGAUGGACCGAAUCCUAUGCUGCCACAUGGGCAGAAAUUGAACGUGAUCUCACAGAAACAGCUCCGGAAAAUCUGGGAAACAUGGGCUACUUUGGGAAGACAUCCAUGUUUCUGCCUGCCAGUGCGCAAGAGGCUGCUUACAAUGCCGAAGGCUUGAUCUUGGAGUUUUAUCGUGGCUUCAAUGUCUCUUGGACAACUCCUUCCAGGUACUUUCAGCCGCCCAGUGUCAUAGACACCAGUUUGCUCAAGCGCUGCAAUGAGACGAGAAUGAUGAUUUCCCAGGCCAUGGAGUUCUAUGCAAACCUCACUGGGGACUGGGACGGGGUGGAGAUCAUCACUGGGCCAACAGGGCGAGAAGUACGGGGGAAAUGCUUUCAAGAAUAUUUCUGGUACCCGCCGUCCUGCCGUGAGGAUACUUCCUUGUGCGUUCCAUUCUUCACAGGAGGAAAUGGCUGGAACUAUGAAGAAACUAUGCAAAAGGCCACGGCUUGGAAUAUGCCAUUGGCACCAGCCGUUGCCAAAGAUUGGUCGACCUACACAAACCUACCCAUGCAGGUGCUGAGCACUUUCUACUGGUGGGUGCCAGAUCCGACAUUCAUCAACUUGAAGCCGAUGGAAAUUGCUUUCCCGCCCUUUGAUCGGCAAGCUUUUGCUGCCGGCGACAAACGGAGCUCGCCAAGCGCUUUGACGGUGGACAAGUACACGAGCAAGGACUUGGGCCAGUUGGCUCCAUCGGCCAAGGACAUGAUCCGAGCGCUGAUCCUUGAUCUGCCGAUGGUGAAUGACAUGCUCAGAGACCAGUUGGCUACAGGAGAUUCGAACUGGCAGGUGGCAUGUCGCUGGCUCAGAGCGAAUGAGAACGUGUGGAAGAGCUGGCUACCUGAUCCCACCCAGUGCUACGCUCAAUUUGGUCUCUAUCACGAGGCAAGUGGUCAGUACGUGACAGAUCGACGGUUUCCAAGCGGCCUGUCAUGCCAUGCAUGUCCGUCUGGCACGUACUCCGACAAGCUGGUGGACGAGAGAGGCUUGACGUUCGCAUGCCUUCCUUGUGAAGCUGGAACAGCCCAACCCUCCGGGGCCUCUCUGAAGUGUGAACCGUGUCAAAGUGGUGAAUAUCAAGACCAGCGCGGACAAAAGUCCUGCAAUCGCUGUGGCUUUGGUGAGUACCAGGAUGAACAAGGACGUACAGGAUGCAAGCGAUGUCCGCCGGGCACUACCACACUGGGUUUCGGCUCCAAGUCGAUUGCAGAUUGUGGUUGCGAUGUGGGGACCAUCAAUGCCGGCGAUGGAGGUACAAUGAAUUGUAUCCCAUGCAUGGAUGGCUUGCAUUGCCCCUUUGGUUCCACAGUAAGCGAGCUAAAGAGCGGCGAGUCUGUUCUUGGGCAGGACUACACCCCCGUGCUCAAGAAAGGCUUCUUCUCUACAAAAGAUCAACCCACAGAAGUGUUCAAGUGUGGUACAGAGGAGCAUUGCCCUGGGGGCAAGCCAGGAGAAUGUGCUGGAGGUCGUGAGGUCACCCCAUGUGCUGAAUGCCCAGCCAGCACAACGUGGGUUGAUGACACGUGCCAUGAAUGCAACACAUGGACCAUCGUUUUAUGGAUGCUUGCUGUUUGCGGUUUCCUGCUGGCGCUGACGGCGGCAUACUAUUUGAUGAAUCCACAUGUGAACGCAAAGGCAACAGCGAGGGAAGCUGUGGGAAUGUCUGCGAGUGUGACAGUGGCUUUGGUACAAUCUCUGGCCAUUUUUGGUUUGAUGACGGUGAAGUGGCCCAGAUCUUUCCAGGCAGUUUCGUGGAAUUCACGGAUCUUUCUGCUCGACAUUGAAGACUUCUCCUUUUCAUGCUUGGCCAGUGGCCCAACCCCUUUGCGCUACGUCUUUACGAUCCUCGUGUUUCCAGCCGGGAUUCUUUGGUUAUUCUUCUGUUUUCUUGCCUCCCAACGGUGCUGGCGGAAGUGGAAAAGGAGCAUGACAAAGAAUACAGCAGGACACUUUAUCCAAGUGGGUUUCAGCACCAUGUCAGCCUUGGCCUUGCAGCCGCUGAUGUGCUACACCCACCCCAACGGGCUGCAAAGUCUUUUGAAGCAUCCGGGCGUUCUGUGUGGCAGUGGGGAGCACUCCAUGAUGUUGCUGGCUGGUAUCCUGUUGCUCACUUGUGGUGUUAUCAGCUUCCUCGCCAUGUGCAGUUGGGCUGUGUGCAAACUUCCCAGAUGGAGCACUUCAAAUUUCGACGCGGUGAAGAGUGUGGCCUUCCUGUUUGCGCGCUUCAGGAUGGACCGAUGGUGGUUUGGGGUGCCAUUGCUCUUGCGUGGGCCUUUACUCUCUCUUUGUGUGGUGGCAGCGACAGAUUUCCCGCCUGCACAGACCACAGGCGGAAUCUUCAUCAUUGCUGCAUUCCUGCUGUUGCAGGUCAUGGCAUGGCCAUGGAAGCUACCUUUGCUGAACAUCUUGGACACUUGGGUUUCAGUGAUCUUGCUGAUGUUGAUCAGUAUUACUCCAAAAGCAGAGAGUUCAGCUGCAGAAGAUCUUGAAGUGUUCCAUGAGGUGAUCUCAAUCGUCCUCUUGGCUGGCAUCGUGGUGGGUCUUGGUUCUAUGGCCAGCAUCUUGGGCUGCGUGUUGGCAAAUCAGUUCCUUUGCCAGAAGGGUAUUGUGACCUACCGGAUCCUGGACCUGAUCAGCGUGAACCCGCAGGAGGUAGCCAAGAGGUUGACCAAGACCGCCCAACAGCUCUUGGAGUGUCAAAAGACAGAAGAGCGUUUGCAGCAAUUGAAUCCUAUGGAUCUUGGACGCAUCGACGCUGCCAUCGCCCUUUUGGUCACUGAUGUCAUUGGCUCUGACUGGUAUGGAUCAAGGAGGGUCAACCUCUCAGGCUUCCACGAAGAAUCCCAGAUGUCCAGCGCAGACGUGCAGAAUGACAAGACACCAAGCACGGCUGAAGAGGAUGCAGUAGUUAUGGCUACUGUUGUGUCUGACGGCCCAGUGUGCUCAACCGCUUCCCUACCAUCGAGCGAAGUGGACAAUGAGGAUCUCAUGGUUGCAACCGACAGCGAUGCUAUACUGAAGGUUGCCCCAGUUGUGGCCGUUAAUUUGUAGGUCCGGACUGGACAUACACAGUAUGUCCUUCUUUCCUCACUUCCAAAGUCGUGCGCGCCGAGCGCACUUGCAACAUUCUGCGCCCUGCAUAACAUGCUUGCAAAGUUGCAACGCUUCUGAUGCGUCCUUUUUCCUUUUUUUUUACCUUAUCAUAAAACUGCACCAUCUCGAGUCCAUUAUGCCCUGC